CAGUUCCGUUGGCUGUGUGUACGCGGCGGGCGGCUCCCGGUGCGGCGCGCUCGGCUCUCGCGGCGCCCGCGACCCCGGCCCCCGCCUCAGCUGCAACCCGGCCGCCGCUUGAACAUGGACUCCGCAGGCCAAGAUAUCAACCUGAAUUCUCCUAACAAAGGUCUGCUGUCCGACUCCAUGACAGAUGUCCCUGUCGACACGGCGGUGGCUGCCCAGACUCCUGCUGUGGAGGGUCUGUCGGAGGCUGAGGAGGAGGAGCUCAGAGCUGAGCUCGCAAAGGUGGAAGAAGAAAUUGUCACUCUGCGCCAGGUUCUGGCAGCGAAGGAGAGACAUUGUGGAGAGCUGAAAAGGAAGCUGGGCCUCUCUGCCUUGGAGGGCCUGAAGCAGAACCUGUCCAGGAGCUGGCAUGAUGUGCAGGUCUCUAACGCCUAUAUGAAAACUUCUGAGAAACUUGGAGAGUGGAAUGAGAAAGUGACCCAGUCGGACCUCUACAAGAAGACUCAGGAGACUCUCUCGCAGGCGGGACAGAAGACUUCAGCUGCCCUGUCUACCAUGGGCUCUGCCAUCAGCAGGAAGCUAGGAGACAUGAGGGCUCGUCCGUUCUCGCACUCCUUUAGCAGCUACUCCAUCCGCCACUCGAUAAGCAUGCCGGCCAUGAGGAACUCUGCAACCUUCAAGUCAUUUGAAGAUCGAGUUGGGACCAUAAAGUCUAAGGUUGUGGGUGGCAGAGAGAAUGGCAGUGACAACCUUCCCUCCCCGACUGGGAGUGGCGACAAGCCCCUGCCUGAUCACACGCCUUUCUAAGCCCGUAGCAGCUUCGCCCGGCCGUGGAACACAUGCAAGUACCCUCUCAUCGCCACAACUGCACCUCUGCGCAGCGGAGCAGCCGGCCGGGCCGCUGGUGAGCGCAAAGAGCUGGUUUUGAGGACAGUCCUGCCAUCCACACGUAGACGUGGCCGCUGCACUCACAUGAGUUAGAGAACACAGUCUUGUACACAGAUGCUUCACACUAAAGUUGGUAGAUGCAGCAGGUCACUGUGUGUCCUUCCCAGGGUGCGGGAAGUGGACAGGGUGGCAGGUCCCACGGCAUCUUGAGCCAAAGCCCAAGUUCUCUUUGGGAACCUGUUAGUUCAUCAGAAUGUUGAAAGAAUGGGAAGAGCGAUAAGUAUAAAAUAAGUGGUAUUUCCUAACUCCUUCCCUAAGUCACAGAGGGAAGAGUCAUCCAGAAAGCCCUAUCUAAUCUGCAGUUUUUAUUUCAAGAUGCUAAACGAGAAAACUGUCCAUUUUCUGAAACCCUCCAGAAAAGAAACUGAUUAUCAGCACCUGCCUGAUUGUUACACUAAUGAUCUAGCUUUAACAAAAGCAAAUUCUUUAUUUUUUAAAUGCAGUGGAUUU